AUGAUGAGUGUGAAACAGAUUGUUGAUGUCUUCAUGGAGUACAACCUCAUCCAGCAGUGCACCUCCUUACUUGAUGCCCUGAAGAACAACAGACCUAUGGAGGGACCUCUACAGACACGUCUGUUGGAAAUGAAUUUGGUUCAUGCACCACAGGUUGCAGAUGCUAUUCUGGGAAACCAGAUGUUCACCCACUAUGAUCGUUCCCAUGUGGCACAGCUGUGUGAGAAGGCUGGUCUCCUGCAGAGGGCGCUGGAGCAUUAUACAGACUUGUAUGAUAUCAAGCGUGCUGUGGUGCAUACACAUCUCCUGAACCCAGAGUGGCUAGUGAAUUUCUUUGGCUCUCUGUCAGUGGAGGACUCUCUGGAGUGUCUGCGGGCCAUGCUAUCUGCCAACAUCCGUCAGAACCUGCAGAUCUGUGUCCAGGUGGCAUCCAAAUACCAUGAGCAGCUCACUACUCAGGCCCUGACGGAACUGUUUGAGUCCUUCAAAAGUUUUGAGGGGCCUGUUCUACUUCUUGGGCUCAAUUGUAACUUCAGCCAAGACCCAGAGGUCCACUUUAAAUAUAUCCAGGCUGCCUGCAAGACGGGUCAGAUCAAAGAGGUGGAGAGAAUCUGCAGAGAGAGCAACUGUUACGACCCCGAACGUGUGAAGAACUUCCUCAAGGAAGCCAAGCUGACCGACCAGCUACCUCUGAUCAUUGUGUGUGACCGCUUUGAUUUUGUCCAUGAUCUGGUUUUGUACCUGUACCGCAACAGCCUACAGAAGUACAUUGAAAUCUAUGUGCAAAAGGUGAACCCAAGCCGUCUGCCAGUUGUCAUUGGAGGAUUGCUGGAUGUGGAUUGUGCUGAAGAUGUGAUUAAAAACCUGAUUAUGGUGGUGAGAGGGCAGUUCUCCACUGAUGAACUGGUGCUGAAGUGGAGAAAAGAAUCGUGGGGGUUUGUUUGUUUGUUCAACGUCAGACUGAAGCUGCUGCUUCCGUGGUUGGAGGCUCGUAUUCAUGAAGGUUGUGAGGAGCCUGCAACCCACAACGCCCUGGCCAAGAUUUACAUUGACAGCAACAACAACCCUGAGCGAUUCCUGAGGGAGAACCCUUACUACGACAGCCGUGUGGUUGGCAAGUACUGUGAGAAGCGAGACCCUCAUCUGGCCUGUGUGGCCUAUGAAAGAGGACAGUGUGACCAGGAGCUGAUUCAUGUGUGCAAUGAGAAUUCAUUAUUCAAGAGUCUGUCUCGCUACCUGGUGCGUCGUAAAAACCCUGAACUGUGGGCAAGCGUGCUGCUGGAGACCAAUAACUACAGGAGGCCGCUCAUCGACCAGGUUGUCCAAACAGCUUUAUCUGAGACUCAGGAUCCAGAAGAGGUGUCUGUCACAGUCAAGGCCUUCAUGACAGCCGACCUCCCCAAUGAGCUAAUCGAACUCCUGGAGAAGAUUGUUCUGGAUAACUCUGUCUUUAGUGAGCACAGAAACCUCCAGAAUCUUCUCAUCCUGACAGCCAUUAAAGCUGACCGCACACGUGUCAUGGAGUACAUAAACCGACUAGACAACUACGAUGCCCCAGACAUUGCAAACAUUGCCAUCAGCAAUGAGCUGUUUGAGGAGGCAUUUGCUAUUUUCAGGAAAUUUGAUGUCAACACAUCUGCUGUGCAGGUUUUGAUUGAGCACAUCGGCAACCUGGACAGAGCCUAUGAGUUUGCUGAGCGCUGCAAUGAGCCCCCAGUGUGGAGUCAGCUGGCAAAAGCACAACUUCAGAAAGGUUUGGUCAAAGAGGCUAUUGACUCCUACAUCAAGGCCGAUGACCCUUCUGCUUACAUGGAGGUGGGACAAGCUGCAGCACAGAGCGGUAACUGGGAGGACCUGGUGAAGUUUUUGCAGAUGGCCCGUAAGAAGGCCCGUGAGUCAUACGUUGAAACAGAGUUGAUUUUUGCCUUGGCCAAAACCAACCGCCUGGCUGAACUGGAAGAAUUCAUAAAUGGACCAAAUAAUGCUCACAUCCAGCAGGUGGGUGACCGUUGUUAUGACGACAAGAUGUAUGAGGCAGCCAAACUUCUUUACAACAAUGUGUCCAACUUUGGCCGUCUGGCUUCCACUUUGGUGCACCUGGGAGAGUAUCAGGCUGCUGUGGAUGGAGCUCGGAAGGCCAACAGCACCCGCACGUGGAAGGAGGUGUGUUUUGCCUGUGUUGACGGGAAGGAGUUCCGUCUUGCCCAGAUGUGCGGCCUGCAUAUUGUGGUCCAUGCUGAUGAACUAGAGGAACUUAUUAACUAUUACCAGGAUCGUGGAUAUUUUGAGGAGCUGAUCACCAUGCUGGAGGCCGCCCUCGGGCUGGAGCGUGCUCACAUGGGUAUGUUUACUGAACUGGCCAUCCUCUACUCUAAAUUCAAACCACAGAAGAUGAGGGAACACCUGGAGCUCUUCUGGUCUCGUGUCAAUAUUCCAAAGGUCCUCAGGGCAGCAGAGCAGGCCCAUCUCUGGGCAGAGCUGGUGUUCCUCUAUGAUAAGUACGAGGAAUAUGACAACGCCAUCAUCACCAUGAUGAACCACCCCUCCGAUGCUUGGAAGGAAGGCCAGUUCAAAGACAUCGUCACCAAGGUGGCCAAUGUGGAGCUGUAUUACAAGGCGAUCCGGUUUUAUCUGGAAUUUAAGCCAUUAUUGCUCAACGACCUGCUCAUUGUUCUCUCUCCAAGACUUGACCACACGCGUGCAGUUAAUUUCUUCAGCAAGGUGAAGCAACUGCCUCUGGUUAAACCCUACCUGAGGUCAGUCCAGAAUCACAACAACAAGUCAGUCAAUGAGGCACUUAACAACCUCUUCAUCAUCGAGGAAGACUAUGCGGCACUACGUACUUCCAUCGACGCCUAUGACAAUUUUGACAACAUCUCACUGGCCCAGGGCCUGGAGAAGCAUGAACUGAUUGAGUUUAGAAGGAUCGCUGCCUAUCUCUUCAAGGGCAACAACCGCUGGAAACAGAGUGUUGAGCUCUGCAAAAAGGACAAACUCUAUAAGGAUGCCAUGCAGUACGCCUCAGAGUCCAAAGACACAGAGCUGGCAGAGGAGCUCCUGGCUUGGUUCUUAAUGGAAGACAAGAAGGAGUGUUUUGCCGCUUGCCUUUUCACCUGCUAUGACCUGCUGAGGCCUGACGUGGUGCUGGAGACUGCUUGGAGGCACAACAUCAUGGACUUCUCCAUGCCAUAUUUCAUCCAGGUCAUGAGGGAGUACCUCAGUAAGGUUGAUGCGAUAAAGGAAAAGGUGGACAAACUGGAAGCCUCGGAGUCUCUGAGGAAACAGGAGGAGCAGGCCACCGAGUCCCAACCCAUUGUUUAUGGCACCGCCCAGCUGAUGCUCACAGCAGGGCCAAACGUCACCGUGCCGCCACAGCAGGUCUACGGUUACGGUUACACGGCACCUGGCUAUGCUCAGCCACAACAGCCCAGCUUUGGUUACGGCAUGUGAACGUGCCGCACAUGCACACACCUUCCUCUCACCUGUCCUCUCUGUGUUCCUCACCAGCUUCCUGUGGUCCUCUACUCACAGCGGGGGCCUCAGAGCAACAGCCCACUUUGAAGUUUGUGUUCUCUUCUAAUGCAAACAUGCACUGAAGGACUUUAUUAAUUUGUAUUGUUUGUAUUUGUAUUGGUGUAUUUGUUUUUCACAUUCCAUAUUUAUGACUACUUAUUUAGAGAAGUGGUAUAUUAUUAUUUUGUGUAUGUUUGUCUUUUUUAUUUUAUUGAUUUUUGUUUGUGCAGAAGUGGACUAGCUGACGCUCACUAACGAGCCUUUUGAAGUAGGUGGAGGAACAUCGGAUUGUUUCUUUUUUUGGCACUCAUGAAGAAAUUAAUGUAGAGAAGCUCUUACUUUUGAUGUACUGAACAUGUGACCAGCUUCCAUUGUCUCAUCUGUCUGUAAAAUGCAUUUUCAUCAUUGUAUAUUUUGAGGGGGGGAUGGGUUACUUAUAAUAUUUGAACAUAUAUUGCCAUUUGAAUGGCUAUAGCUAGCAACACUAAAUACUGAUAGAAUAUUCUGCACAGGCGUGUAGCUUUAUGGAGUUUUAAAUGCAUACAGACAUAAGUCGCUGCUCAACUGAGGGUGUGUUUGUGUGUGCGCGUGACUGUCGACUUUAGUUUUAUCCUGUCCCACCCUCUUAGAUGUACUCUUUCAUAGACUCCAUGUAUUUCGGUGACCACUCGUGCCGUGUACAGUGCUUGUGUGAGACUGUCUGUAUAUGUGCAAGGACGGGACUGUGUUGACCAAACACCCACAACCCCCAGACGUGUGUGUGUGUGUGUGUGUGUACUGACCCUCCUUGUCAGUGUGCAAGGUCUGUGUAUGCCAGGUGUUGUGGUGUUUCCCUUGGUUACUUUUUCCCCAUGUAGCGAUGUGAACAUGGUGAAAACUUUUUGAAGGAGACUCCUACUCUCCCAUCCCAUUUUCUCCCUCACGCCUGGCGGCGAGAACAAGGAAGACAGCCUGGUGAAACGGGCUGCCGAAAUAUAUAAAUGCUCCCAGAGGUUGCGUGUGUGUGUGUAUGGUUUUGAUGAACAAAAAUUAAGUCCUUUGUGGAGAAUGGUCUGAAAUAAGAGCCUGUGUGUGUACUUUGAUGUACUUCCAAACAUGCUUUCAGCUGUGUCUAAAAGUGUCAUUCUAACCCGACCAGACGUUGAAUUUCUUUUUGUUAUGCAUAUUAAUGACAAACAGGACCUGUCAUUAAGUGGAAGAACAUGGCUUAACUGAAAGGGAAAUACUAGUCUAAAUAAAAAAACUAAAAAUUGUA